AUGAUUUUUUCUCGAAAUUCUUUUUUAAUUAUUAAUUAUAUUUCACGUCGAUUUGUUCAAAAUCUUCCACGUAAUGUUCAACUUGAACUUGAUCCAGAUGUUAGUAAACAAUUAACAUCUGAUAAUAGAAAAUUAGCGUUUUUUAAAGAACAUAAAGGAAAAUUUAAUCAUACAAGUGUCUUACCAAAACAACUUGAAGAAACAAUAAAUACAAUUCUAUCUGAUAUUGAACCACAACGUCUGAAAGUGGAUAUAAAAUUACUUGCAGAUCAUUUAGCUGAACGACGUUUACCAAUUGAACAACGUGAAUUACAAACUAUAGCACAAAAUGUUAUACAAAAUUUAAUAAAUACAGAGCCACCAAUAAAUACGUUAGCAAUGAGUCCUGAAAAACGUGAAGAAUUAAAUCUUAAACGACAACAUGAAUUAAUGAAACGAUUAAAAUCAUCAAUUUAUCAUUGGCAACCAUUGACCUUUGAUGAAUAUAAAUCUAAAAUAUAUAUGGCGACAAAUUUUGCAUCAUAUUAUGCAAUGCUCGUACAAAUUUUUAAUGAAGUGCGUUUAUUAGUAAUGGGUGAUUGGAAAAUUAAAAAACGAGAACGAAAUUUUCGACCUGCUCGUCUAUUUGAUUUCGGAUCUGGUGUUGGUUCUGCUAUGUGGGCAGCUAUGCAUGUAUGGGGUAAACAAACAUUUGCUGAAAUUCUUAAUGUUGAUAAAUCACGUGAAAUGAAUGAACUAUCUCAAUUAAUAUUACAAGGUGGUCAACAUAAUAAAACACCAAUUGUACAUGGUGUUGUCUAUCGACAAUUUAUGCCACAUGGACGUGAAAAUAUAUUUGAUCUUGUUGUUGCUGAUCAUACGUUAUUUGAAUUUGAAAAUCGUUUUGAACGUUUAAAAGCUGUUCAAUCAUUAUGGUAUAAUGUUAAACCUGGUGGUUUUCUAAUUCUUGUUGAACAAGGUACUAUUCAUGGUUAUACAGCAAUUAUUGAAGCUCGUGAAAAUCUAUUACAUUAUGAAUCAUUACAAAAUACAUCGACGAAACAACAUCUUGAAGACUUAUAUAUAUUAACUUUAAUCAACGCUAUAGGAUCAUAUCGUAUCGCUGUUUUUGAUGAAACAACGAAGAAGAAUGACGAUGAAAUAAAUAAUGAAGAAUCAUUGACAGAACAUGAUGACUCAUUGCUGAAUCAACGAUAUUCUCCAGCACACAUUUUUUCACCGUGUCCUCAUGAUUUAACUUGUCCAAAGAAACAGUUAAAUAUACCAUGUCGAAUAGCAACACGAUAUCGACCAUUACAAAUAUUUGAUCUUCAACGACAUGUGCCUGAUUAUAAAACAACUGAAAUGUCAUAUAUUGUUAUUAAAAAAGCCGAACGAAAUAAAGAUGAUAUUUAUGAAACAUGGCCACGUGUUAUUGAACCUAUAAUGGAUCGUAAACAUCAUCAACAUGUUCGACUAUGUUGCCCGAAUGGUGAAUAUGUUAAUGUACCUAUAUCAAAAAAUAAACAUGGCGUUGGUCUUCAUCGUUUAUCACAUCAUGCUGAACCCGGUGAUAUAUUUCCAGUAACUGGCGAACUUAUUGAAGAUAAAACUAUAAAUAAUAAAGAAGACGUAAUAACUCCUCCACAACGACGGAGACGAGCAUAUCGAACAUAA